GUAAAAGAGGUUUUUUAAUUGAAUUAAAUUGUAAACAGCUCGUUGGUGUGACGAGGAAAUAAUCUGUCACUAGCCGCGCUGAUAAGGAAUGCAAAACCAUCCACACGGAUUUGAUGUAAAAUACAGCGGAAAGUGCGUGAUUACCUCAUGAAGUGAUUGCGCCAGAAGGCGUGACGACAGCGUACAACGUAUCCGCCCCAUUAAAGAUGUCCAACUAUCAGCUGCACUCGAACGAAACGACCCUAUCCAUACCACGCAUCAUCACGGUCGAUAGUGUGAAUUAUUACGAAAUCCUGGUGAAAUGUGGUCAGGUCAUGUGGACGGUCAACCAUCGCUAUCGCGAUUUCGCCGACCUGCACGAUCGCCUGGUGGCGGACCGGGGCGUCUCGAAGGACAAGCUGCCCCCGAAGAAGGUAAUCGGCAAUAAGAGUCCCACGUUUCUCAAGAAGCGGCAGGAGGCGCUCGAGCAGUACCUGAAGGAGAUGCUCAUCUUCCUCAAGGUGACCAUGCCGCGGGAAUUUGUCGAGUUUCUCGACUUCCACCGGUACGACAUCAUCUUCAUGGUGCAGCACCUGGCGUGCUCGUUGUUUCUACGCGGCGACGCCUUCCUGGCCAAGUCGAAGAAGUACGGUUUCUCGGUGCUCGAGCUGCACGCCAUCAGCGAGCGGAUGAAGAUACCGUGCCCACCGACCGAGGCGGCCAACAGUAGCUACAAUUUCUCGCACAUACUGGACUUUUGCGCCCAGCUGGAAACGAUCAUCGUGCUGCCGACGAAGAACAGCCUCCCGACGAUCCUGUACGACGACGACACGGACAAGUACAUUCCGCAUGCGCUCCAUAAACCGAUCGGCAGCAGCAACCUAAUCCCGGUGCAGCUGCGGUACGAGCUGAGCGCUUUUAAAACGUUACGUAAUCUCAUUAUUUACGGCGCGCCAACGAAGAACAUUCAGAAUGUAGGUGCCUUGCGUGAGACGCUCUCGCGGAUAGAGGUGUAUAAAAGUGAAACGAAGCAAAUCUGCCAAAUAGCGCUGUGUGAUAACGUCCAUAAGGACGCGGGCGAGGAGGAGUUGGACAAGUUGAAGCAAUGGAAAAACUUACGGCACGCGGUUUUCAAGGAAAACCAGCUAACGGCCAUCGACCGCACGAUACGGCUCUUUCCGAGCCUGAAGGAUCUCGUGCUGGACAAGAACAAGCUGGAAGAGAUCGCCCAUCUAAGCCACCUGAACAACCUGCAGGUGCUCAGCCUGCGCUGCAACCGUAUAGCGCACUGUCCGAACUGGCACGUCCAGCUUGGCAAUCUGGUAACGCUGAAUCUCUCCCAGAACCGCAUCCGUAUGCUCGAGGGUCUGUCCCGGCUGUACUCGCUGGUUAACCUCGAUCUGAGCUGCAACGCAAUCGAUGAUAUAAACGAAAUCGAUUACAUUGGCAAUCUGCCGCUGCUGGAGAACCUCCGACUGCUGGGAAAUCCGGUUGCCGGUGGCGUCGAUUAUCGAGCCCGUGUUUUGUCGCGAUUUGGCGAACGCCUGCAGGAGAUCUACCUGGACAACGAGAAAGGUAAUCAGACCGAGUACGAUAUGGCGCUCGUGCUGUCCGCGCUUCGGAUUUCGGCCCAAAAGUCUCAGCGCCGGCUGCACUCGCUGCUGGACAGUUCGGUGGUCUCGGACUCGGCCGAGGAGGAUGACCGAGGACAGGGCGGGGCCGACGGUGACGGUGUGUCGCAAACGCCCAGCACGAGCAAAGGAGCGAGCAGAUGAAAUAUCGGCAGAAACGAAUUCGCCACAUUCCCACAGCGGCGAGGGCAGCGAACACAUUGCGCCGGCAGCAAUCUGAAUUUCGAUCUGACCGAAACGUUACAGGAACGAUUUUUAAUUUUUUGUUUUUAUUUCCACUU